AGGGGUCCACAGCUUCUCCCUCCCUCUGCGUCUUCUCCGACUUUUUUUUUUUUCACUUGUGCGGCGUCCGACGAGCAACGUUUGGUGUUUCCUGUCCUCUCCUCCGAUCUAUGCGAGGGGAAGAUCCGCUGCCUUUUGCCGAUCUGCGAACCGUGUCGCCGGACAAGUCUCGUGCACAGCCAUCGACGCCGUAGAGCCUUGGCCUUUUGUCAGUCUUGCACUCCGCGGCUGCUCGUCCUUCCUUGUGACCAGAAGGCGGCGAUUGGUGGGCGAUCAGACCUUUCGAGUCGAACGCCGCGAGUUUGAGCAUCAGGUGCACCGAAUCCUCCGCCUUAUUCUGCAGCGAGCUUUUUAUUCCCUUUUCCCCCUUGGAUCGCUAACGACUUGGCUGGUUGGUGGGGAACCUGGAGUUGGUAUUAUUCCCGUUCGUUUCCAUUGUAAAUGCUCCCUCAAUCUCUCGUCUUCUUCAAUUUAGGGCAUCAUUUGUAGGGAGUCAAUUGCCUGUGAACUACGAAUCUAAGUUGAGGUUUUGGCGUUGUCAAAACCCCUUUAUUCAAGGUGGAAUCGUCACUUUGUCUAGGGCACCACCGUUGGGUGGAGUUUCAACCAAAGAGGGGGGACAUUGUCGAUGACCAUUUGACAGGAAAGAAGAUGGUGUUAUGUGCCGACAAAUUCUGUCGCCAAAUUUUCUCUAAAAUCGAGUUGUGCUUGUGAAUCUUUAUUCACCGAGUUGUUCUGUGCGUAUGAAUCGAACAUCUAAGGGUUAUUUGUGGCUCGAUUUGAUAUUAGACUUCUACAUAAAGCAAUACCAUGCUAUUCAUUUAAUUUAUUGAAGAUACUCUUUCAAGGCUACGCACAUGAUACCUACCAUGUUUAUCUUGUUUGUCGGUUGUCCACCUGAUACUGAAAGAACAUUUAACUCAAGAAAUGGAAGAAGCAGAAUCAUUCUCCAACCCUUCAUUCUUGCAAGAUGUCUCUACCAGAGCAUCAGAGAGAUCUGGCAGCGACGAAUCACCAGCAGUGGCACAGUUAAGAAAGCUCCUCUUCCGUCGGAUUCUUAUAGGAGCGAGUGAUGGACGAUUCUUUCUAGGGACAUUCCAUUGCAUUGACAAACAAGGCAAUAUCAUCCUUCAGGAUGCAGUGGAGUAUCGUCACACCCGGCGAUCUGGAGAUCCAUCUCCAAUGGAACAGAGAUGCCUUGGACUCAUUCUGAUCCCUGCCAGCUGCCGCACCUCAUGCCAUGCCGAAUGCUCCAUAGACGAGCAAAUAUCCCUCCUAUCAAUUAAUAAAUGAUAGCAAACUGAGUUUCUAGUACAAUAAAAAGGUAUAAAUCAUCUGCUACUUGGUAUUUUUUUUAAAGCAAUACUCCGAAUUGCUUUCUUUUGUGAGUGCAACAUCAUUUUAAUUCCUCGCAUGUCUCCUAGUAAACAUGUAGAUGAUAAUUGACUACGUCUUUAAUCUCGACAAACUGAAAUUACCAUUCUGUUGAUGAGAAAUCACAGAUGAUGUUCUAGACUUGAUUGAUA